AUUGCAAGAGAGAAGCUUGAAUGAAGUUUGAAUUAAAUGAAGCUAAAUAUGACGAUUUUUUAGAUAGUUUUCUGUCUAAUCCAAGGGUUGUGUGCGUCUGCUGGCAAGGCAACACCAGCAGCCAAGCAACCACCAAACCCCCUGGUACCACAACCACCUCCGGGCCUAAGCUGCUUGGAAAUACAUGCAAAUAAGUUUAAAGAAACCAUCGCCACCAUGCAGCAUGAAACAGAGAGAGCAGGAGACAGAGGCCGAGGUUCAAAAAGGGAGGAGGAGGAUGAGGAGGAGGUGAAGGACAGGAGCCGAGGAGACAGAGGAAGCAGGAGGAGAGGGAGGAAGGCCACGUCAGAAGGAAGCGACAAGAGCGAGGAGACGAGGACGCUGAGGCUGAAACUCAAUCAGCUGGAGAAAGACAAGCUUCAGCUGACGACGAGUCACAACCAGGAGGUGUGCAGGCUGGAGGCGGAGCUUACCCGGCUCAGGUCAUCGGUUGAGCGCGGUGAAGCCCAGAGGGUGGAGCUUCAGUAUCAGCUGACCGUGAGCCGCAGGGACGCCGACCGGGCCGACGAGCUCAGCAGAGACAGACAGACACUCACAGGUCGAGUGUCGCAGCUCCAGCAGACAGUCACGGAGCUGCAGAAAGCUCUGGACAUCACCCGACAGGCCAGAGAAGAGGACCAGCAUGCUUUACAGCAGGAAGUGGAAGAGGGUAGCAGAUUGAUUCAGAGCCUCAACGGAGACAACCAAAGACUGCAUGGACUCCUGCAGGAGCAGGAAGCAGCUCUGGAGGAGAUGGAGGCGAGGAUGGCCGAGCUGCAGAAAGACGCCGACAGGGAGGCGGAGCUAAACAGACGACAGGCGGAGGAACUCAAGUAUCUGACGGACAGAGACGACCGGAGCCAAAGGGACAAAGAGCUGUCAGACCAGAGGGUGAAGGCUUUGGAGUCCAACAUCGAGGCAGAGCGAGCUGCACACCUCCAGUCCAAAUUCAACUCUGAGAUCAUCCAGCUGCGCGUGCGUGACCUGGAGGCGGCGUUGGCGGUGGAGCGGUCCGGUCUGCAGGAGGCCACGUCCAGUCUGGAGCUGCUCAGGACUCAGUUCAAAGAGGUGGAGCGAGCAUACGGUGUGGAGAGAGAGAGGAGCAGCAGCACUGAGCGCGCUCUGAACAGGUUGCAGGAGGAGUAUGAGCAGUGCAAGUCCAACUUCAGCGUUGCCUUGGAAGCAGAAAAGAAAACGACCUCUGACCUCACACAACUGCUGGAGGAGGAGAAAAGGCGACACUGUGAUAAACGCUCAGAGCUGGAGCAGGCGGUUCACUGGCAGAGCAACACAGACAACGCCUUCAAGAACUUCAGGAAACAGGUCAAAGAGACACUUCAACCGCACACAGACACAGGCUGUGAUCCUCCAGUAUCCUCUGCUGGGAGUUGUAGUCCUAGGAGUUGUAGUCCUGCUGAUGUCCUGCAGCUGCUGCAGACGACGCUGUGCACCUGCAGACGGCGACAGCAGGAGGCGGACCAACGGGUCCAGGAUCUGCUGUUGGAAUCACAGAAGCUGCAGGCGGAGAAGCAGAGUCUGACCCAGCUGACCUCAGAUCAGAGCGCAGAGAUGGAGGAGGCGCAGCAGCUGAUGGUCAAACUGAAGGAGGAGCUGGCCCGGCUGCAGCUGCAGAGCUCUGAUUGGUCAACACACAGCCAAAAUCUGCAGGCCGAGCUGCAGGAAUUACAGGAAGAGAAGAAGAGAGAGAAGGAGGAGAGGGCAGAAGAAGUGCAGAAGAUAACUGAACACUACCAGAAAGACUCAAAGGCUCGACUGUCCUUCCUCUACUGUCUGUAUCAGCGCCUGCUGGCCGGCUGCGUCCUCCUCCAUCAGCCCCAAAGCAUUCUGGGAAACUUCACAUGGGAGGAGCUGUGCGGCGUCAUCAACGAGCAGGUCGACCAGCUGACCUCUGACCUCCAGAAAGCCAAUGACCAGGUCGCCCAGCUGCAGAGUGUGUGUGCGAAGAAGAGUGUGUGUGUGCGUGAACUUCAGCGCAGUCAGGAGUGUGUGUUGACUCGUCUGGAGGAGAGUGUGAGGAGGAGAGAGGAGGCGUGGAGCAGCCAACACACACACACUGUAACGCAACUGCACAAUGAGCUGGAGCUGUGUCGGUCCCAGUGCACCUCUCUUCAAGAUCAGGUCUCCUCGUUGACCUCCGACCUCUCCCGUCUGCGGGGUCUCCUCGCCCGGAGCCGCAGGGAGUCGUCGUGCUUCCUGUGGGCGUGUCUGCUAGUGGGCGGGGCUCUGACACACACCGAGCGCCGCGUCCACACGCUGUGCGAACACAAGAGGCUGCUGAGCCGACGGCUGAAGGAGAGGGAGCAUCUGGAGGAGGAGGUGAGGAGGCUGGCUGCAGCGCUGGGCGACGAAGAGGAGGAGGAAGAGGAGCAGAGGAGGAGCAGGGCCAUGAGGAGGUGGAGGAGGACGCUGUGUGUGCUGUCUGCACUCAGAACAUGGAGGAUUCUGGGGAAAAACACAUGUGUGAUGUUUCAGCUGGAGUUGGGAGGUGGACCUGCAGUGGGUUUAUCUGUAUGUGGAGAGAGUACGGCAGCUCAGGAGGGACAAAACACACAGAGGACAGAUGAUGAUUCCAGUCGUGAGGCGACAUUCGUUCGUUGGCUUCGCUCCAAAGGCAUCUCAGCUCUAAUCCUGUCGUCCAUGAGUGACCUGCAGGCGGCGCUAACACACCCUGGCUCCUCCCCUCCACAUGUGGUGUCAGCAGCCCGGUCCACUUUGACCCGCCUCCUGGGUCACCUGCUCGGCCAAUCAGACAGAGCGUCAGGUCGAUGCAUUGCUGGUAAAGCAGAUGAGGACAGACUGAAAGUGACGUCUCCACAGUCCCGCAUGAAGACCCUGGUGUCUAGCCUGCAGCAGCACUUCCUGCUCUUUAGCCAACGGCUGCACUCGGCCGAGGUGGAGAGGCGGAGCCUGAGGGUGGAGCUGGCCAAUCUGAGGAAAGCAGCGAGGAGGCAGGAGAGCGAGAAAAGCUGCAAGACGGUCCCGGUCGAGCGUUUCCACAGUGUGUGUUCAGAGCUCCGUCAGGCUCUGAGUCGGGAACAGGAGGCUCAGAAACUGAUUCAGGACCAGAACAACCAGCUCAACACACUGCGAGUCAGAGUGGACUCACACACCACAGAGCAGACAGACACACAACGCACACUGACUCACAACCAACAGCUUUUGGCGGAGGCUCAUCAACAGGUGAGCGGUAAGGAGCGCUCGCUGAGGAUUCUGGGUAAGCACCUGUCCGGGGUUCAGAGGGAGAAGCGUCAGCUGGAGGAGAGACUGCAACGGGCGGACGAGGAGCUGAGGGAGGACGCCACGCGCAGAGAUCGUCUGAUUGGACACAUGAAGGCAGCAGAGAUGAGUUACAGCCAGCUCAGGGAAAGCCUCGUCCAAUCACAGCGCUCCCUACAAGCUCAGCCACGCCCCCUCAUGUUACCUGUGGGACUUCUGGAGCUCAGUGGAACAGAAGGCAUUAUGGGAGAUCCUGCUCUGGCAUCGUGUCAGAGUUUACUCUCGUCCUUCUCUCAGCUCUCUCAGACGUUCAUCUCCAGGGUCGACUGGCUGGAGCAGGAAGUCUCCGCCCACCGCAGUCAUGUGACUGCGCUGCGCAGUGAGCUUCAGGACGCCUGUCUCCGUGACAACCUCGCUUACACCUCUGUGCCUGAAUUUCCUGAAACGUCUCCGUUCACUGACGUCGAAGCUGCCGAGCCCAUUCUGCUCUGCGAUUCCUUAAAACCUUUGCCUGUCUGUUUAAGCCCUGCCCCUUCCAAAUUAAACCCCGCCCCUUCUCCAGCCACACCCAAACCAACCAAAAAUAAAGAGAAGAAAGUCAUGAAGAAGAAGAAAGGACGGGAAAGAGUCAGAAAGUGAAGAAAAU